CCGCAGCCGGUUGCGUCCUUAAAGUGCGACAGUAUGGCGUCCCACGUGUAACAGACUUGUCUCUGGUGAUGGGUGUAGAUGAACGGACAAGGAGAGCCUCGGAUCGUGGUCCGGGAGUAUGUCUUCAAGCAGGAAGAGAGGGAUGAGGACAGCGAGGAGCCCGGGGGCCUCACGCUUCUUAUCCCCGAGGUGCCCUGCCAUGUUUUCAUAUUGGGCACGUAUUGCCACACGGGGCGCCAUGGCUUACGUGCUGAGCUGCAGAAAGAGCGUUAAUCCCAGUGUUUGCUGGGGACCAGGCUGGCUUGUUACCCUCAUGGCUCAAAGAUUGCUUUCUAGAGAAAAGGUGCUGGAUUCUGAAUAUGGAAUGUAUGUUUGGCCCAGUGCACUGGUUCUUGCCCAGUAUAUUUGGUUUCACCGAACAUUGCUGGCCGGCAGGAGAGUAUUGGAGGUUGGUGCAGGUGUGAGCCUUCCUGGUGUAGUGGCUGCUAAGUGUGGUGCUGAUGUCGUAUUGUCAGAUUCAGCAGCACUGCCACAAUGUUUAGAAAACUGUCACCGAAGUUGUGCGCAGAAUAAUCUGGCUGGUAUACCGGUUAUUGGGUUGACGUGGGGCGAGAUAUCACCAGAUCUCCUGACCCUCCCUCCUAUUGAUAUUGUUUUGGGAUCUGAUGUUUUCUAUGAACCAAAAGAUUUUGAGGACAUUUUUGUCACUGUACAUUUCUUAAUGGAAAGAAAUCCUAAAGCUACGUUCUGGACCACUUACCAAGUUAGAAGCGCUAACUGGUCAAUCGAGGCUCUGCUCUACAAAUGGAAACUUAAGUGUUCUGACGUUCCACUGAAGAUGUUUAAUGCUGAUAGAGGAUGUUUGGCAGGAUCUAACCUCCCAGGGAGACACAGUAUUCAGAUGCUGAUUAUCACACUAGAUACAGACACCUCCAGCUGAUCAAGUGGAAUAUCUGAAAACAUUGCCAAAGCUAUUAUAUUUGAAUAUGAGCAGUUGCAUUUUUAUUUUGUUCUAAGGAUUAUUACAGAAAUGCUUGGAUGAUCUUUCUGCUCAUUCUGAGGAUCCAUAAUGGACACCUGAUGCCAUGUUUCAUCUAAAGAAGACAAGUCAAAUAGUUGUUAGUUAACUCUUGCCGAACCAAUGAAGAUAGUAAAAAAAAAAAGUGUUUUUACUGCAAUGAAAAUAUGCAACAAAAAGUGAUCCUGCAGAUUCUAAAUGUAAAAUCCUUAUUUUCCCACAUUCAGCUACUUUUAAAAUAUGUAUUCUAGCUGUUAUGUGCCAUAUUUUUGUGGUGGCAAAGGAAAGACUAACGAAAGUUAAGGCCAGGUACACACUAGAUGACCCGGAUUGCGGCUGAUAGGACGACCGAUGUAAAAAUACAGCAGUCUCCUGUACACACUGAUAUAGGGGUGUAUUUAACUGGUGUUGGAUCCUCUCCGACACUGCACUAUUCAAUUUGUGGGCUUUUCGACAGGUUUAGCCCGUUUUCGACAAUGCCGAUCCAACUUUUUUUUUUUAAAGUCGAAUCGCCAUUGUCGAAAACGGGCCAAAAACCUGUCGAAAAUGCCCGCAAAUUCAACAAAAUAUGUGGAUCCACUAAACCAUUACUUCAGCAGGUGCAUUAUAAUAUGAACAGCUUAACACAGAAUACAGGUUGAACCCGAUGGGCAUUUUGCCUCUUUUCAACCUCACUAUGUAACUGUUUUCCGACAAGUCGGAAAAAUGACAUUUGAUUUGAAUAGGUCGAAUCCAGAUUCGACCUAAAAAGGUCGGAAACUGCAGUUUCUCUAACGUCCUAGUGGAUGCUGGGGACUCCGAAAGGACCAUGGGGAAUAGCGGCUCCGCAGGA